AGAUACUGCCAAGUUCUACCUGUAACUGGCUUCAUUCUUCAAGUCAGGUGUUUGGCCACUGCUUUCUCCCCUGCAACAGGAGUCAUGCCAGCUGGACACACACUUCUUCCAGGGCCCCUACCAGCCAGGACAGAGUUGAGACCACAGCUGUUGAGACCCUGAGCCCUGGGUUUGUGUCACUCGAGGAGGGCCUCCCCAGCAAUGACCUCCUCACUGCUCCUGGUCUUUCUAUUUCUGGCUCCAGUCACUCUCAAAACUGAUGGCCACUGUCCGGCAUGUGGGGGGCCCACCUUGGACCUGGAGAGCCAGCGGGAGCUGCUUCUUGACCUGGCCAAAAGAAGCAUUUUGGACAAGCUGCGCCUCAGCCAGCGCCCAACACUGAGCCGGCCCGUGUCCAGAGCUGCCCUGAGGACUGCACUGCAGCGCCUCCACGGGUCCCUGCAGGGGGCACUUCCAGAGGACGACAGGGGACAGGAAUGUGAGAUCAUCAGCUUUGCCAAGACAGGCCUCUCCAACACCAGCCAGACUCGUCUUGAUUUUCACUUCUCCUCCCAGAGAACUGCUGGUGGCAUGGAAGUCCAGCAGGCCAGCCUCGUGUUCUUUGUGCAGCUCCCUCCCAAUACCACCUGGACUCCAAAGGUGAGGGUCAUUGUGCUAAGUCCAUACACCAACUUCACCUUGGCUACUCAACACCUGCUCGAGGUGGAUACCAGUGGCUGGCACCAGCUCUUUCUGGGGCCCGAAGCACACGCUGCCUGUAGCCAGGGCCACCUGACCCUGGAGCUCGUCCUUGAAGACCAGGUAGCCCAGAGCUCUGUCAUUUGGAGUGGGGCUGCCCAUAGGCCUUUCGUGGCAGCCCGGGUGAGAGUUGGGGGUAAGCAUCGAGUUCGCCGACGAGGCAUCGACUGCCAGGGAGGGUCUAGAAUGUGCUGUCGGCAAGAAUUCUUUGUGGACUUCCGUGAGAUUGGUUGGCACGACUGGAUCAUCCAGCCUGAGGGCUACGCCAUGAACUUCUGCACAGGGCAGUGCCCGCUACAUGUGGCAGGCAUGCCUGGUAUUGCUGCCUCUUUUCACACUGCAGUACUCAAUUUGCUCAAGGCCAACACAGCUGCAGGCACCACUGCAGGGGGCUCAUGCUGUGUGCCCACAGCCCGGCGCCCCCUGUCCCUGCUCUACUAUGACAGAGACAGCCACAUUGUCAAGACUGAUAUUCCUGACAUGGUGGUAGAAGCCUGUGGAUGCAGUUAA